AUGUUUUUAGCCGACACCUUGAGUAGAGCCUACCUUACCGAGGAAGCUCCGAGUGCCUUUACAGAGGAACUUACAAAGAUCAAUGCCACUAACUUUGGCUACCUAACUGCCUUGCAUCUAGGAGAUAUUGCUGAACACUCCAAGAAAGACCCUGUACUCGUAGAACUGGAAAGAAUGAUUUGUAGCGGAUGGCCAGUGAGGAGAGAUGACGCAGAGCCAUCACUAAGACCAUACUUCAACUUUCGUAAUGAACUCGCUGCACAACAGGGGGUUAUUUACAGAGGAGAAAGAGUUGUCGUUCCCCUCAACCUGUGGAAAGACAUGAUUAAGCGAAUACACUCGUCACACAUCGGCAUGGAGGGGUGCCUCAGGAGGGCCCGAGUCUCUCUGUACUGGCCUGGAAUGGAUGCUCAGGUAAAGGACUACAUACAGUCCUGUGAAACAUGCCUUUCCACUGGUUCCAAACAGCAAAAGGAAACAAUGAUACCUCACGAAGUCAAGGACCAUCCUUGGUCUAAAGUUGGUCUUGAUCUCUUCGACUUUAAUCAACGAACAUACCUAGUGACUGUUGAUUAUUACUCAAAUUUCUCUGAGGUAGACUACCUCCAAGACACAACCUCAAGAGAUGUCAUCCAUAAAGUAAAGGCACACUUUGCACGCUAUGGCAUACCAGACACAGUCAUGUCGGACAACGGCCCCCAGUUUUCAGAGGAGUUAAAAAACUUCAGUAAGAGAUGGGGCUUUAAACACAUCACAUCCUCUCCUAAACAUCCGCAAAGUAAUGGAAUGUCAGAAAGUGCAGUGAAGACAGCUAAACGUCUAGUAAAUCGUGCACUGUUCGCACAUGAGGAUGCUUAUCUUUCCCUGCUCGACUUGAGGAAUACACCUACACAGAGGAUGACUACAAGCCCUGCUGAGAAGAUACUAAACCGUCGGACAAAGACACUCUUGCCUACGUCUCAGAAGCUCUUGCAGCCAAAACUAAACAUUCUGUACCCCAAGAAAGAAGUAAGAUCAAAGAUAAGCAAAUAA